AUGAAUAUCACUAUGUCGGCUGAAACAGAAGACCACGUAGAAUUAUUAGAAAAUGUUUCAGGGCUUAUUGAAAAUUUAAAGGAGGAACUACGAGAAUUGUAUGUGUACAGGGAUUUAUUCUUUGAAAACCAUCCAUUAGAAAAAGCCUCUGAGAAGAACAAAUGUGUUGAAAAAAAGAAAGAAGAAUUAGUUGAAAAGUUUGAGAGCAUUGAUGUUGAUUCACAAAUACCAUUUUCAUUGAGAGCACAAUUUCUAUAUAUGAAAGGUAAAUGUUACAAUGUCAGCCGUACAUAUGACUCUCGGGCAACACAAUGUUUAAGCAAGGCAGUAAAAUUAAACCCACAUCUGGUAGCAGCUUGGAAUGAAUUAGGUGAAUGUUAUUUAAAGAAUCUUAAUGUAAAAGAAGCGAAGGCUAGUUUUGAAGGUGCACUUAAACAUGAACGUAAUAGACUUUCCCUAAGAUGCCUUUCUAUAAUCUUGCGACACGAGAUUGGUAAUCAAAAACGAAGUGAAUCAAAUGCCACAAUAUUGAAAAGUGUAGACUUAGCGAAAGAAGCAGUGGCUCAAGAUAUUAAAGAUGGCAUAUCUUGGACUGUAUUAGGAAAUGCAUAUUUGUGCCAAUUUUUUAUGGUGGCUCAAGACCCGGCUACUUUAAAAUUAUGUAUGAGUGCAUAUAAGCAAGCUUGGUUAGACCCUGUUGCUAAGGGACAACCUGAUUUAUACUACAACAAAGGAGUUGCAUUAAAAUACGAAGAGUGUUAUUCGGAGGCACUAGAAAUGUUUGAGCACGCGUGUCGUCUAGACCCUGCUUGGGCGCCACCUAAAACGGAGCUAGCGGAUCUCACGCACUACUUGACUGAAGCGACGCGGUUAGUGAGGACACGAGGGAAGCUGAAGGCUAAGCGAUUGAAUAAUAUGAUACAGUCCAUAGACACGAAAAUGCUAGGAGAGUACGGACCGGGUAUAUUCCAUACAUUUGGUGGGCGUAAGGACGUGCUUCUAGAACAUACGACGAUAAACAUGCUGGAGGAGGGCACGAACGAGGGGAAGGUCAUCCUAGGCAGAGUCGUAGGUUCGAUUCACAAUGAGAAUGCUGUGCCCUUCACGUUCGCGCUGACGGACGCGAGCGCGCGCUGCGUGUGCGUGACGGUGUACAACUGGGCGGGCGGGCGCGGCGUCAUCGUGGGCGACGCCGUGGCCGUGCCCGAGCCCGUGCUGCGCGCGCGCGCCGCCGCACGCGACACUGUGCAAUUCGAUUUCAAAUCGAUUCGAGUAAACAACCCGCUGGUAUUGCUAGUGAACGGUAAACGCGUGUCGCGCGGCCAGUUCGCGAGCACGCGCGUGUCCAGCACGUACGAGGUGCAC